AUGUCGGUCAAGAGAGACUGCAUGCAUGCUUGCAUGCAUGCCAUCUAUGAUUUUGUUGCUUCUCUUGUUACCCACAUAGUGCGUCAAGAUUGUUGGGCAGUGGACAGUGACGGCAACUGUACAUGUCACGACGAGUGCUUGUCGUCGUGCAAUGGCACAACCGACCAAAACUGUUUAUCGUGCAGGCAUUAUUACUACCAAGGACGAUGCGUUUCCCGUUGCCCUAAUGGGACGGCCAUUCUUGCUGGCUGGAGGUGUGUAGAUGUAUGUCCUGAUAAUGUCACUGGUUUUUCUCAGAGACCUAAGACGUCGCGUCGAAUGUACAAAUUGAACGGUGAAUGCGUUUUUGAUUGUCCUCACAACUACAAAGGACAUGACAACGGAACAUGUGUGUUAUGCCAAUCUAUGGACAGCAGUUGUAAUCGAUAUUGUGAAGGUGGCGCAAUACGAGUACUUGCAGAUGCUGCAAAGUUUAAAAAUUGCACUCAUGUCAAUGGUUAUCUGUUAAUCAAUAUUGCUACUAAAAACAAUGAAGAAAAAGAAUUGAAUAAAUACCUCGGCCGCAUUCAACAUGUAUCUGACUACGUUCUUAUUCUCAAUUGUCCGACUCUUCGUCGUUUGCAAUUUCUUGACAAUCUGACAUCGAUUCGUGGAGAUGCGUUAUGGCAGUUCGAAAAGAGUUAUUAUGGACUAGCCAUAGUUGGAAACAAGAACCUUCUAAGUAUAACUUGGAAUAAACAAGAUGAACUUUUUCUUUACGGACGGAUAGAUGUGCGCUUUGCUGUCUACAAUAACAUGUUGCUUUGUGAGAAAAGGAUUGAUUGGUUGGAAAAACAAUUUUCAUAUGCUGUUGACCAAGGGGACAACGGUCUUAUUGCAGUCUGCAACGUGAAUCUGCUCAUUGUCACUUAUACUGAGAAAAAUAAUUAUACUGAGUUGUACUGGGAUGGCGUCCCAGAUGAGAGUGAAGCAGGUGAAAGCUUACUUGGAUACAACAUAAAUUGGUACAGAGAGGACAUUGGGACGUCCAUCUUAAGAACGUAUCAAAGCGACUACAGCUACAACGAGAACGACCCACUUUGUAUCAACCCUCAGUGGACAAGAGUGGAAAUAGGCAAUCAAACAAGCUAUCGACUGUAUCCUAACCCGAAUUCUUACAUGAUCGACUGUUGGAAGACAACAGUAGUUUUAGUUCAAGCAGAAUUUGCUACACGCAACGUCUACUUUCAAAGCGAAAAGACGAGCAUUCCACCAUACAUUCGAGUUCCGUCCUCUCCCACUAAGGUCAAAGAAAGUGAAGUAGGAAUACGCAAUGUAACCGUCGAAUGGUCACCUCCUUUGCGUCGUCGUGAGGACAUAACAGGAUAUCAGAUAGUGUUAGUCCAGAGUGUAGGAGAUAAUGGAGUAGCAAAGUCAUCCGUUGGAGGUAGCACUAAAAGCAUUGAUAGCAACUGCCCGGACACAUCUGUUAAUGGGAGCUUUCCAUGUAUUCACAAUACGACAAAUGGCAUCAAACGGCAAGCCGAUCUCGAUAGCUGUAAUGGCACUAGUUGUCAACUAACUAUUACACAACUGGAGAAUUUUGUUAACUAUACGAUUAAGAUUCAAGCAGUGAGCGAUGCUGGUUGUGGUCUUGUAGAGCAGAAGGAGUUUACAACGGAACCAGAGUGUUCUAUGGAUAGGGUGACGAAUUUGACUGUGACUAAUGACUCUCAUACUGAGUCAGCUUCAACUAUCGAUUUAGGUGUCGAUUCAGAAGAACAAUGUAAAAAUGGGUCAAGAUACAAUUGGUAUAAAUGGAGACACGUUUGUACAAUUACGUCAUCAGACAAAACAAUUUCCGAGAACUUUAGUCUACCUUGGGUUUGUCGACAAAACAAUCGGAAGUAUCAAUUCGAAGUUGUAAUCCAGGUAGUCUCGAAUGCAGAAAAGUGUAACAAAUUUGCGCAGAAAAAAGCGCAAUCAGUCUCUGACAGUGUAUUUGUCACGUGCCCUCCUAUGAGUGGCAACGAUGAUGCCAUUAGAAUUGUUCUACCUAUAGUUUGCAUAGUUUGCUUGUGUUUUGUGAUGGGUAUGUUAGCUACAUGGUACAUUCAUCGAUUGAAGCGCAAUAAAAGUCGGUUAAGCCAACGAUUGGACGUAGUGUCUAAAUUGUACUUGAAUAUGACACACGAGCAAGGAAUGAUCUUGACAAACACGUAUGCACCUGAUGAUUGGGAGAUCAAGCGAGAGGACGUUGUCUUAGAAAAUGAGUUAGGAAGUGGUGCGUUUGGGUUAGUCUAUCGUGGAACAUGGCAAAUAGACAACAAUCAGUUAGACGUAGCUGUGAAGACAUUGAGUGACAUGUCAAGUGAUGAAGAUCGAAUUUCAUUUCUAAACGAAGCGUCCAUUAUGAAGAACUUCGAAAGUGAGCACAUCGUGCGACUGUUGGGAAUUGUGUCGAUUGGCGAUCCUGUCAUGGUCAUGAUGGAACUGAUGGAUAAUGGUGAUCUAAAGGGAUACCUUCGAUCUCUCAGAACAGAUGUUGAAGAAAAGUCAAUUUUUGAAGAAUUCCCAUUGCUUGAAGAUGAGCUACUUCAGUUUGCAGUCCAGAUUGCAAGUGGCAUGGCCUAUCUAUCAGAGAAGAAAUUCAUUCAUCGUGAUCUGGCAGCACGUAACUGCAUGGUGGAUAAAGACAUUUGUGUUAAAAUUGGAGAUUUUGGUUUAACACGUGAUGUAUACGAAACUGAUUACUACAGGAAGAGAGGCUCUGGCCCUCUCCCUAUCAGAUGGAUGUCUCCAGAAUCCCUACGUGAUGGUGUUUUUGGUCAUCCUUCUGAUGUUUGGUCAUAUGGCAUUGUGCUGUGGGAAAUAGCAACUCUGGCAAUGCAGCCAUACCCUGGGAUGAGCAACAGUGAUGUACUCGAAUUUGUUGUUGGAGGUGGAGUCAUGGACAUGACAAACAUCGCGCAUGCCCCAAGAGCUUACAAGGCAAUUAUGGCACAAUGCUGGCUUUUUAACGAGUACAACAGGCCACCAUUCGAGACAAUCUUGAGUCAGCUACCACCACUACGUCCCAGUGGCCUCAUUGUCCACAUCUGAUUUGAUACUAUGUCAGUCAAUCUUAUUAUCAUAGAGAAACAACUUAUUCGGACAGCUGCCUUACUUAUAGAGAAACAAUGGUGUUAGUUACAUGUUGUAGACUGUAUGCAAAAUGUAGGGUAUCGUAUACUGUACCUACCUCUACUUGUUGCAGCCACUAGUGAGAGACUGCUAGUUAGAAAGAUGGUUGCGUUUUAAUUAAUAUGCCUUUAGAAUGUCUCUAGCAGCAGCCAAGUUUGAGGAGUUUGUUUAAGUUAAUAUUAG